AUGCCCUCUUUUGUUUGGGCUAUUUUUACGCGAUUGGAGUGAACGCCCCGGGACCAAUGUAGUGUGUUCCUGAUAGGGAAAGAGCAUCUACGGAAGAGCGGAACUAUGGGGUCCACUCAGCAGUUCUCACUGAAAUGGAACAAAUACCAGCGAAAUUGGGACAAUUACUUAACGAAGCUAUUAAGUAGUCACUUGUUCAGCGAUGUAAUGGUUGCUUGUGACGGUCAAGUAUUUCAACUACAUCGAAUAGUGCUUGCAUCAUGCAGCUCCUACUUUGAGAAGACUCUGCAGAACAUCCCGGCCAAGGAGACGCCGAUCGUCAUGCUGAGCGAGAUCACCGAGCUGGAGAUGCGCACCCUGAUCGAGUUCAUGUACUGCGGCGAGGCCACCAUUGACCAAGCGCAGCUGGAGGCCCUGCUGAAGGCGGCUGAACGGCUCCAGAUCAAAGGUCUGGUGAAGUCGGACGGCGACGAGGACUCCGAGGACGGCGAGGACAAGGAAGACGAGCCGCCGGAGGAGGAGGAGGCCGGCCGCAGCUCGCCGCGUCCGGCCGAGCGCGAGCCGCGGUCCGAGCCGCGCCCCACCGUCAUCGCCACGCCGCCGCCGCCGCUGCAGCCGCUGCAGCCGCUGCAGCAGGCUCUGCCGACGCUGCCGGCGCUGCCGACGCUGCCGACGAUGCCGACCCUGCCAGGCUCCGGCACGGCGGCGUUGCUGGCCGAGUUCGGCCGGGAGGCAUCACCGGAGCGUCAUGACGCGUCGCCGCGUGCCUCCCUGGCGCCGCCUCAUGUCUCGAUGGCGUCGCCACACGUCUCGAUGGCGUCGCCACACGCCUCGCUGGCGCCGCCACACGCCUCGCUGGCGCCGCCCACACGUCUCGAUGGCGCCGCCACACGUGUCACUGGCAUCGCCACACGCCUCGCUGGCGUCGCCACACCCCUCGCUGGCGUCGCCACAUGGCGCGCUGGCGCCGCCGCGCGACGCGCCCGAGGUCCUGUCGGGCGCUUGGCCGGCCGCCGCCGCCUCUGCUGCCCUACCAGAACGGCCACUUCUUCCUGCCUGGCAUCGCCGACCCGCCCGGCUUCGGCACGUCGAAGCGCAACACGCCCGACUCGCCGCACGUGCUGGCGGCGCUGCAGCAGAUUUCGGCCGGCCUGAUUACCGUGGCGGAGGCGUCCAUCCAGUACGACAUCCCCAUUCCGACGCUGUACGUCAACAUGCGGCGCCAGGGUGUCAAGGCGCGCGGACGCGUCGGCAU